GUAAAAAUUGUCGUGGAGGGAGGGAGAGAGAGAGAGAGAGAGAAAGAGAGGGACACUCCAUCAUUUGCUUCCAAAACUGAUCUAAUUUCCAUUUUCUCAUCACUGUGUUUUUCUCUCCGCUACAAAUCGCUGUAGAGUUAGUUACAAUUUACACAAGAGUUCCAAUUCGUGACACUUUUUCCGGCGAACUUUCCGAGUUCUAGGGUUCUCCACUAUCAUGGACCAAGCCGAAUUAACCUCCGAACAGGUUCUGAGUAGGGACAUUCCAUGGGAGACCUACAUGUCCACGAAGCUCAUCUCUGGAACAAGCCUUCAACUCUUAAGGCGUUACGAUCACCGACCGGAAAGCCACCGAGCACAGUUGCUCGAUGAUGAUGGUCCAGCUUAUGUUCGCGUGUUUGUUCAUGUUUUGCGUGAUAUUUUCAAAGAAGAUACAGUAGAGUAUGUGUUGGCUCUGAUAGAUGAAAUGCUGACAGCGAACCCGAAAAGAGCAAGACUGUUUCAUGACAACACCCUUGCGGACGAAGAUACUUACGAGCCUUUCCUAAGAUUGCUUCGGAAAGGAAAUUGGUUCGUACAAGAGAAAAGUUGUAAGAUCCUUGCUUUAAUAGUUAGUGUCAGGCCAAAAAAUCAGAGUGGCAUUGCUUCAAACGGAGAAGUAUCAAAUGAAAAGAAAUCGCUGACCACUAUUGAUGAUGUUUUGAUAGGAUUGGUAAAAUGGCUUUGUGAGCAGCUGAAGAAACCUUCUCAUCCUACUCGCGGAGUUCCAACUGCUAUCAAUUGCUUAGCAACUCUACUUAAGGAACCUGUAGUUAGGUCUUCCUUUGUUCAAACAGAUGGGGUCAAGUUGCUUGUGCCAUUGAUUUGUCCAGCAUCCACUCAACAAUCUAUUCAGCUUCUUUAUGAGACAUGUCUCUGCAUAUGGCUCUUAUCCUAUUAUGAGCCUGCUAUUGAAUAUUUGGCUACUUCAAGGACCCUUCCAAGACUGAUUGAUGUUGUUAAGAGUUCUACAAAAGAAAAGGUUGUUAGAGUUGUUGUCUUGACACUUAAAAACUUGAUGUCAAAAGGGACAUUGGGUGCCCAGAUGGUUGAUCUUCAGCUGCCACAAGUUGUUCAGAGUUUGAAAGCACAAGCAUGGAGUGAUGAGGACUUGUUGGAGGCACUUAAUUCCCUGGAAGAAGGGCUUAAGGACAACAUCAAGAAACUAAGUUCUUUUGAUAAGUACAAGCAAGAAGUUCUUCUCGGCAAUCUGGAUUGGUCCCCCAUGCACAAAGAUCCCAUAUUUUGGCGAGAAAAUAUAACAAACUUUGAAGAGCAUGAUUUCCAGAUUCUAAGGGUCCUAUUAACAAUUUUGGACACGUCCAAUGAUCCAAGGACUCUAGCUGUUGCUUGCUUUGACAUUUCACAGUUCAUCCAGUGCCAUCCGGCUGGUCGGAUCAUUGUUACAGACCUUAAAGCCAAGGAACGAGUGAUGAAACUAAUGAAUCAUGAGAGUGCGGAGGUUACUAAAAAUGCACUGCUCUGCAUCCAACGGCUUUUCUUGGGUGCAAAGUAUGCAAGCUUCUUGCAGGUAUAGUUAUAUUUUGGUGGGGUGGCCUAUUCCAUGCACUUAAUUACAUGAGCUCUCAUGCUGUCUCACAAAUGAGAUUGACUCUCCUAUGUACAAGGCUUAUUCAUUGUUUUAAUAAUUUAUUAUUGUCUAUUACUAUUAAGAUUUCGGUUUGAAGCCUUAGAAAAAGUUUGAUAUGAGAAAUAAGUAUCCUUGAUAUUCUGCUAUUGAAUAAAUCAAGUUUUGUAACUUUAUACUCGGUUGUGCUUUGCGGGCCUGUUGAAUACAGAUUUUAGAAAUCAAAAUUUCUCGUUA